CAUAAUGAUGUAACAAUGUUGUAGAAUUGUUUUACCGAUCAUAAUGUUUCGUUAUUCCAUGUGUAUUUUAUAAAUUAGAGUAUUUUCAUAUAUUUAAACCCGACUAAGAUGCACAUAUUUUCGUCUAUAUCGAAUAUAUUUAACCAAAACUUCUCUCAAGAUUAUCAUUUUUUGCGUCUGAUUUCACUCAAAUUUUUACUAAAAAAAUUAAUUUUUUUCUGUUCAAAACAAACUAAUAACAAAUUUCAUCCACAAGUUUGACAACUUUAAUUUUUGAUUCUUUUAACUGUCAAAAUACAACAAAACUUCAAUAUUUAACUAUUUUUAAUGUUAAAAUGUAAAAAAUGGAGGUAAAAAUGUCCCUUUUUAACUCCGCAGGAUGAAUAUAAGUUUGCUCCAUGUCCUAGAUAGAAUGGAGAGUAAGGACGAAGAGCUCCAGGAGGAGAGUAUCCAGGGACAUCUCCAGGAUGAAAUCAUUAAGGAAGCGCUUUCCAGUGGUCUUGAUCUAAGAGAAUAUUCAAAGAAGGUUGAGAAAGAGCUUGAAAGUGCCGAACAUGCAUCUAUCGGAGACUAUAUCGCGGAAAGUGGAAACAUUGCCGCGUUACACAAUCAGAUCUCCAGCUGUGACGGGAUACUGGCGAGGAUGGAGGGACUACUCACGGCCUUCCAGACCGACCUCGGCAGCAUCAGCAACGAGAUCCUCUCCCUUCAACAGCAGAGUGUAGAGAUGAACCUCAGAUUGAAGAAUAGGCAGGCUGUGAGGGGAGAACUAAGUCAGUUUGUUGAUGAUAUGGUUGUUACAGAGCAGAUGAUUUCUACAAUACUAGAGGUUCCUGUAACUGAGACACAGUUCUAUGAACAGCUUCAUAUUCUCAACCACAAGAUCGCAUUUCUCAACGAGCAGAGCUUCAGGGACGCCAAGAGCUGUGUUGAUGUCAAGGACGUCAUCGAAAAACUGAAGAUCAAGGCGGUGGCAAAAAUACGCGAAUAUUUUAUGCUAAAAAUCAACCAGUUCAAGAAACCGCUGACCAACUACCAAAUUCCACAAAGCGGUAUUCUCAAGUUUAAAUUCUACUUUCAGUUUCUGCAGGCUGUUAACAGGGAGGUGGCCAAAGAGAUCAGGGAUGAGUACACUGACACUAUGUCUAAGAUCUUGUUCUCAUAUUUCAAGUCCUACACAGGCCGUCUCUCGAAGCUGCAGUUUGAGGAGUCGGCUUCAAGAGAUGAUCUGCUCGGAGCAGAGGAGACAUCGUCCAAGGGAUUCUUCUUCAAACCCUCGUUAAAGAACAAGUCUACGGUGUUCAGUGUCGGAUGUCGGGACGACGUUCUCAAUUCCCAACUUGAAGCUCCCAUCAUCGUCCCCCAUGCCCAGCUGAAGAACGAGAUGAAAUACCCCUUCGAGAUGAUCUUCCGGUCGGUGCAGUACACCCUCGUUGACAACGGUUGUCGGGAGUUCCUCUUCCUGUCCGAACUGUUCCUGGUGGACGGACAGAAUGCGCAGGAUCUGUUCAAUUUUGUGUUCGGGAAAACACUGCAGAUCCUGAUCAAGUUUACAGAUACAUAUGUUCAAGAUAGUUAUGAUAGUAUAGCAGUGUUCCUAUGUAUUCAUCUUGUGCAAAGAUAUCAACUGCUCUGUCAUAAACGCUGCGUUCCAGGAUUAGAUAAAUACUGGGAUACAAUGAAUGGAAUACUUUGGCCUAGAUUAACUCAGCUACUGGAGUUGAAUACACAAUCAGUCCGAGAUUGUGAUGUAUCUCGAAUUAAACCUACAGAUGUACGUCCGCACUUUAUCACAAGAUUAAUGAAUCCUUUCCUCAUGAACAUAUGCAUAAACUACUAGCAUAUCUACAGGAGGAGGUUGAAUCUCUGAUCCUACGGCUGGCAGGAACCUUCCCAGCUAGGAAGGAUCAAUUGCUCUUCCUGAUCAACAACUACGACGUUAUUAUGUCGAUCAUCCUGGAGAGAACUAAGGAGGAAACCAAGGAAUCAGACGCUUUCAGAGAGCAGUUGAGGAGUAGGAGUGAAGAAUUUGUUGAGCAGAUUCUGCAGGCUCACUUUGGAUACCUCAUCCAGUGGAUUAAUGAGGCGGAGAGGAAACUGGAGAAAGGAGAUAUUGAUGGCUUGAAGCAGGAGGAGAAGAAAGUUUCUCAAAUAAUUUCAACAUUCGGAGCGGAGUGGAAGAAAUCCUUGGAUCGGAUCAACGGAGAAACCCUGUCCUCCUUCCCCAACCUGAAACUAGGAACAGGGAUUCUCCAGCAGACCUUGACAACACUUCUCCAGUAUUACCACAGGUUUACCCGGUUGAUGAGUGUGGCUCCGCUGUCUCAAACCCCGGCAGCUUCAAACCUUAUCAAUAUUCAUCAGCUUAUGGUUGAGGUUAAGAAGUAUAAACCUAACUUCUAAUUCAACCCCUGAAAUACCCAAUCAGGGUUUGUUUUGUCUUGUUAUUAUUAUAUGUUGUCUAAAAUAGUCUACUAUUCUGUGAUGUAGCAAAGAACCCCCCCCCCCCUUUCCAAUUAUUAAUUUAUUAUUUGGACUUACAGUUUCGAUUAAUUUUUUAAAAUCUUCCCAAAAUCGAAUUAUUUUUUUUGGAUGUAUCUCACAGAUUGCAAUCAUCCCAAUUCCAUUCUUUGGUUCAAUUGUUUUUUUCGUCACUCAGAGUUCUUAAACCAGAUCUUUAUCGACCGAACCUAAACAUUUUCUGUGAUAUUUUUGCAUUUUUACGAUGUUUAAUGU